AUGCAGUGGCGAAAACACGUGCGCAUCAAGUACGGUGGUCGAGUCGGUGUCGGUCAAGGGCAGCGGGAGCGGGAGCAGGUGCAGCUGCAGGUGCGCGUGGUGCAGCUGCAGCGGGAAGGGGGCGCACGACUCAGCUACGUCUGUCAUCAGCCUCAACUCUCGUCGACAGCUCGCCGCAGCUGCAGCGCAACAGCCAUGCUCUGCUGCGGCCGCAGAAAAGAGGGCCGGGGGGAAGUGACAGACAUCAGCGCAAGUCCUGGGAGGCAAGCACCUGCCAACCAGUUGCGCCCCAAGGAACCACCCCCAAUGGUCAUUCAGGGAGACUUCAGAAAGGUGAGCGGGAUCAGUACAGAAAUUUUCAAGCAGAUCGAGACCGUCGAGAACGAUCAUGACGCCUCGACAGCAGCGGCCCUCGAAACUGUCGAACGAAGAGGUGAAAUGGUUGUCCGGGUCAUCGAGCCACGACAAAUGGGCAGGCAGGCGGCCGAAGCGGGCAAGAAGUUCAUCGCCAUGCAGGAUCCAAAACAACCCAUCCACUUUGUCGAGAUAAUCAAAAGGCCUGGACAGACGCUGGGACUCUACAUACGAGAGGGCAACGGCGUCGACAGGAACGACGGCGUCUUUAUCUCGAGGAUAGCUCUGGAGACCGCGGUGUACAACAGUGGCUGCUUGAAAGUUGGGGACGAAAUACUGGCGGUGAAUCUGGUCGACGUGACACACAUGAGCCUGGACGACGUAGUGAUCAUCAUGUCGAUACCCAGGAGGCUCGUUCUGGCGACAAGACACGGCCAACAUCAGCCAGUGUCGCAUAGUCGACAAACAGAACAUAAGGCGCCACCUGUUGUGGUGAUCAAAAGGGAGCUGAAUGAGGAUGAGAGUGACCAUGCAAUGAGCAAUCACGUCAGAGAUGGCAAUCGUAAACUUGGAGAUGGUCGUGAGAUGCUGCCUUCCAGAUCUAAGUUAGGACUGACAGGUCUGGGCUCUAGUCAGGACCUAGGAUCCAGCAAUGGUGAUCUGUACUACAACUCCAGACCAGAGGGACACUGGUCAUACCAGCCACCACCACCACCAGUGAUCACACACCAGCCAAAACCCUCCACAACACAGCACUUUCAACCAUAUGAACGUGGAUAUCCUAAAACUCUGGAGAGUUUGGCUGAAAAAGUACACUCCUUCUACGCGGGGCCAGUAAUGCCCUCUAAUGGCGGUCGCCGGAUGUCUACGGGAGCGGGGAUGCAGUCAGUGGGCAGUAGACUGUCCAGUCAGACCCAGGCUACUCACUAUGGUUACGGCCAGCACACAGGAAGCGGAAGAAUCAUGCCCAGAAAGCAUUUGCCACGAGUAGACUACACAAGCAUCACUACCCCUGCUCGACACACUCUUCUCAGAUCCAGCUUGAAGUCAGGAACGUCAGCGUUGAGAUACAACACUAGGUACAGUACUCAGGGAGACAGCACAACGUCCACUCAAAGACAAAGUCAGUUUGGCACAUUAACCAGGAGGCAUCGACCGUCUUUAGAUUAUGCUUCAGACACAGAGGCAACAUGCUCCAAUUCGCCUAAGUCUGCGUACUAUUCCUAUAGGCACAAUAUGAACAAUCCGUCACAAAGCAGCGCUGUCUCUCACCUUGCCACACUGUCUAGGUCACAGAUUGGUCAGAGUUCCUCAGGUUUGAGAUCAAAUUCACUGCCUCGUAGCAGCAGAACGUUGCCUCAGCAGCCAAGUCUCAGGUCUGGACUUAGCACUGUAGCCUCUGGACUGAUAGAUCAAGAGGACAGUGAUGGAGCAUUGUCUGCGCCUGAAUUACCUUCCAUCAGACGUGAUAGAGGAAGAAUACCGUCAUCACCUAGUGUGUUCACGUCUGAUGAAUAUAGAGCAUGGCUCAGUCGAACUCCAAGCACCAGUGCAUUGUACGAGCAGAUCCGGGCCACUACAACCAGGCCACCGCGUUAUACUUACAGUGCAGAGAACAUCCAUGCAGCUGUAAAUCAAGGUGAAUAUGGUAGCUAUGGCACAUAUAGACCGCUUUCCAGUACCUUGGACCGUUUAUCAACGAGGUCGGCCUCCGCUCAGCAAGUCAAUCUAGCCAAUCUGAGGGCGUCGACGGCAAUUAGCUCGACGUGUCAUCGCGGAACAGCGAAUCCAAGACCAGCCUCCGUUGCAUCCAGCGCUCGUACUUCCUUGACGAGUCAAAAACCAACGCUGAGUAGCUCCACCACCCAAAGGGCAACGUCAGUGAGAAGGAUUAGGAAUCUGUUGGACCUAGAGUCCACCAGGAACAUACCCACCCCUACACCUACCAGAACUCAGGAUCAAAGACUGCUAGAUAUUAAUCCUGCAGAGUUCCUCAAAUAUAAGAUAGAGAAGCCUCCAACAGUGGGUACCCCGAGUUCGACCAGUUCUCUGCUGAGCUCUCUAGGGGAAACCAGCAGUGGAGACCUGGCAAGUGGGGUCAGUGGACUGCUCUGGGUCCACUUGUUGGCAGGUAGAGGUCUCCGCUCGACGACAUCUUCGUCAGCGGCCACCACACCCUCCACUCCAUCAGGUCAGCCUAAUUUAGCCAGCUGCGGCUUGAGAGACCUGUACUGUGUGCUGGAGUGCGAUAGGGUGCACAAGGCGAGGACUGUGGUGCGAACUGGUGACCUGAUGUUCGACUGGGACGAAACCUUCGAGCUGGACCUCGUUGGUAACCGACAGUUAGACUUGCUGGUCUAUUCCUGGGAUCCACAGUACAGGCACAAGCUUUGCUACAAGGGAUCUGUGCAUCUGGCGACCAUUCUCAAGGAGUCUCCGGUUCACCAGUUGGCUGUUAAGGUUGAGCCACGUGGAACAAUCUACUUAAGACUGAGAUAUACCGAUGCUCAGCAGACAUUUAGAAGGAGGGGACUUCCAGUCAUAUCUCUAGCCACCAGGGUAGCGCCUCUUUUCGGUGUGGAUCUUGAUACAGUGGUGAGUCGAGAGAGCAAGACAGGCGGAGUUCCUGGUGGAGUAUCCACUGCUCUGGCUAUGGGUGUUCCAAAUGUACCCAUAAUAGUGUGGCGCUGCGUAGAGGAGGUUGAAAGAAGGGGUCUUGACAUCAUUGGUCUCUAUAGGCUUUGCGGGUCAGCAACGAAGAAGAGGAUACUCAGAGAAGCCUUUGAAAGGAAUGCUCGUUCAGUUAAUCUAUCUCCUGACAAUGUACCAGAUAUCAACGUCAUCACUGGUGUACUGAAGGACUAUUUAAGAGAACUUCCAGAACCACUCUUCACGAAGUGCCUCUACCAGAUGAUGGUCGACGCACUGGCCGUCUGUCUACCGGAUGAUCCUCAAGGCAACGCGAAACUCAUGUUCAGUAUACUAGACUGUCUACCGAAAGUUAACAGGUGUACAUUGAUCUAUCUCCUUGACCAUCUGGCAAUGGUAGUAUCGCAAUGCAACAAAAUGUCACCAGCCAGUUUGGCAGUUUGUUUUGGACCAGUCUUGAUGCUGCAUUCAGAAGAAAAUGGACCACAUCUGGACUUCCAACAGCCAAUAGCGAUGCUCAAGUACCUCCUGGAGAUCUGGCCAGUAAAGUCAGUUCGGAAGAUUUCUUCAGUCGCUUCAGCGCUUCCUCGAGUUACGCAAGCAGUCGAGCACAACAGUCAGCAGCAACUGCAGCAACAGCAGCUGCAGGCGCAGCAACAGCUGCAGGGAACAUUGGGACGCACAGGGCUGCCCUGGCAGCCUCCACACUCACUUCAUCAACAGCCCCUCUCAACUACGGUACCACCCGUAGCCCUCGCGCCCUCCAUUCGUCCUCCACCGCCGGUCAAGCCUCGACAGGUGAUAGUAUCGUCUCCCGGUUCACCUAGCAGUGAGGAGUCGGAAGCCUCACCGGAGCCGAUUAACAAGAGUCUCCUGGGCGGCCUGGGACUCGACAAGAGCAACGAUGGGGCCACUAUGAACUCAACUGGUCCUGGAACAGAGCAGAUCACGCCUACCAGUAGCGUCGACACCGAGGAGGGAAAUACACCUCACCCAGAGGAGGGUGAAAAGGGCGUGGAGGGUGAUGCAGAAGCCAGUGACGACGACAGACACCAGCAUGUACCCAAGACUCAUUAA